UUUUCGACCACGCUCUACACGAUGGUGUGUAGAGCGUGGUCGUAAACGUAACAAAAUUUUUGGUGAUAAUUCGCGGUGUUCCCUUGUUAUAGUUAUAAAUGAAAAAGCAACAGCAGACUUUUUUUCGUUUUGAAACGGAAACAUUUCAACAAGGAUUGGAAUUUAAUCAAUUACUUCCCCAAGCUGUCUACAAACAUUUGACAGAUUUAAAUGAAGUACAAGUUAUUCCUUUUUAUUUGGGAAUUAAUGGAAGGGAUGGACAAAAUUUUCAUCUUUGGCGUUGUCUUUUUCGAAUAAGAAAUUUGGGGAAGAAAGUGGUUAAACUUCAAGAUAUAAAAUUGGAUACGUCUACUUUAGAUGGUUAUUAUACAAGUUUGGAAGAAAGUUUAACUGAAAAUUUGGCAAAAAAAUUAACUCCAACAAAGUCAGUUACCCAAUUUGCCCUUCAUUUUGAAAUGCCAAUAAGAUGUGUAAAAGGAAAUACUUUAUGUGGUUAUUUUAUAGCUGAAGAUGAUCAAAAAAGAAAAAUUAAAUUAAUUAUUCCCUUAACGCCAUUAGACUCAAAUCAAAUUUAUAGUCAGGAACAAAUGGAGACUGUGAGUUUUUUUUAAAUAAUUUAAAAAAGGGAAGGCAAUUAUGAAAUGUUUUGGGGGUUUUUUAAUAUUUUUGGAGGUUUUUUUUUCUGAUUUUUUAAAUUUAAAAAGUCUUAUGAUGUUUUGAAUUUUUAUAAAAAUAAUU